CCGCCCCUCGCGGCAGCUCCCUCCCUCGCUCGCUGCUUAUUUAACCUGGCGAGGUCGGCGGAGGCGCUCUCACUUCCCUGCAGCUGCCCGCUAGCCCGUGGCUGUGAUCAGUUCGCGUCCUCCAACUCCAUGGCGCUUCUUGAGCGGCUGCUGCCCCUCAUCCUGGCGCUGGCCCUGGGCCCUGCCGCGACCCUGGAGGGACCCGCCAAGUCGCCCUACCAGUUGGUGCUGCAGCACAGCCGUCUCCGGGGCCGGCAGCACGGCCCCAACGUGUGCGCCGUGCAGAAACUCAUUGGCACCAACAAGAAGUACUUCACCAACUGCAAACAGUGGUACCAACGGAAAAUUUGUGGCAAAUCAACAGUCAUCAGUUAUGAGUGCUGUCCUGGAUAUGAAAAGGUCCCAGGAGAGAAGGGCUGUCCAGCAGCCCUCCCACUCUCAAACCUUUAUGAGACCCUGGGAGUCGUUGGGUCUACCACCACUCAGCUGUACACAGAGCGCACCGAGAAGCUGAGGCCUGAGAUGGAGGGACCCGGCAGCUUCACCAUCUUUGCCCCCAGCAAUGAGGCCUGGGCUUCCUUGUCAGCUGAGGUGUUGGAUUCCCUGGUGAGCAAUGUUAACAUCGAGCUGCUCAAUGCCCUUCGCUACCACAUGGUGGACAGAAGAGUCCUGACUGAUGAGCUGAAGCACGGCAUGUCCCUUACCUCCAUGUACCAGAACUCCGACAUCCAAAUCCACCACUAUCCCAAUGGGAUUGUGACUGUCAACUGUGCUCGCCUUCUGAAAGCUGACCACCAUGCCACCAAUGGCGUGGUUCACCUCAUUGACAAGGUCAUCUCCACCAUCAGCAACAAUAUCCAGCAGAUUAUCGAGAUCGAGGACACCUUUGAGACCCUUCGGGCUGCUGUGGCUGCAUCAGGACUCAACACCCUGCUGGAAAGUGAAGGCCAGUACACACUCUUGGCCCCCACCAAUGAGGCCUUUGAGAAGAUCCCUGCUGAGACCUUGAACCGGAUCUUAGGUGACCCUGAGGCCCUGACAGACCUGCUCAACAACCACAUCCUGAAGUCUGCCAUGUGUGCAGAAGCCAUUGUGGCUGGGAUGUCCAUGGAGACACUGGAGGGCACCACACUCGAGAUGGGCUGUAGUGGAGACAUGCUCACCAUCAAUGGGAAGGCCAUCAUCUCCAACAAAGACACUCUGGCCACCAAUGGGGUGAUCCACUAUAUUGAUGAGCUGCUCAUCCCAGACUCAGCCAAGACACUAUUUGAAUUGGCUGCAGAGUCUGAUGUUUCCACAGCCAUUGACCUUUUUAGACAAGCCGGCCUCAGCUCUCAUCUCUCCGGAAAUGAGAAGUUGACUCUCCUGGCCCCCCUGAAUUCUGUGUUCAAAGAUGGCACCCCUCCCAUUGAUGCCACUACAAAGGACUUGCUUCUGAACCACAUGAUUAAAGACCAGCUGGCCUCCAAGUAUCUGUACCAUGGACAGACCCUGGAGACUCUGGGUGGCAAGAAACUGAGAGUUUUUGUUUAUCGUAAUAGCCUGUGCAUCGAGAACAGCUGCAUCGCCGCGCAUGACAAGAGGGGGAGGUAUGGGACCCUGUUCACCAUGGACCGUGUGCUGACCCCCCCAAUGGGGACCGUCAUGGAUGUCCUGAAGGAGGACAAUCGCUUUAGCAUGUUGGUGGCCGCCAUCCAGUCUGCAGGACUGACUGAGACCCUCAAUCGGGAAGGGGUCUACACAGUCUUUGCUCCCACCAAUGAAGCCUUCCAAGCCAUACCUCCAGGAGAGCUGAACAAACUCUUAGGAAAUGCCAAGGAACUUGCCAACAUCCUGAAAUAUCACAUUGGCGAUGAAAUCUUGGUUAGCGGAGGCAUUGGGGCUCUGGUGCGACUGAAGUCUCUCCAAGGCGAUAAGCUGGAAGUCAGCUCGAAAAACAAUAUGGUGUUUGUCAAUAAGGAGCCUGUUGCUGAAACUGACAUCAUGGCCACAAAUGGCGUGGUUUAUGCCAUCACCAGUGUCCUGCAGCCUCCAGCCAACAGACCUCAGGAAAGAGGAGAUGAACUUGCAGAUUCUGCACUAGAAAUCUUCAAACAAGCCUCAGCAUAUUCCAGGUCUGCCCAGAGAUCUGUCCGACUAGCCCCUGUCUAUCAGCGGUUAUUGGAGAGGAUGAAGCACUAG